AUGGCCGGGGCACAGGGCUGCGGCGAGGGCAAGAUCGCGGGGCUGUAUGACCUGGAGCGCACGCUGGGCAAGGGCCACUUCGCGGUGGUGAAGCUGGCGCGGCACGUCUUCACCGGGCAGCGGGUGGCCGUCAAGGUGAUCGACAAGAGCAAGCUGGCGGGAGAGGCGGCGGGGCAGCUCCUGCAAGAGGUGCGCUGCAUGAAGCUGGUCCAGCACCCCAACGUGGUGCGCCUCUACGAGGUCAUCGACACCCACGCCAAGCUCUACCUCAUCCUGGAACUGGGCGACGGCGGGGACAUGUUCGACCACAUCAUGCGGCACGAGGGCGGGCUGGCCGAGGCGCGGGCCAAGCACUACUUUGCCCAGAUUGUCCAUGCCAUCUCCUACUGCCACAAGCUCCACGUGGUGCACCGCGACCUCAAGCCCGAGAACGUGGUCUUCUUCCAGGAGCAGGGGGUGGUCAAGCUCACCGACUUCGGCUUCAGCAACCGCUUCCAACCCGGCAAGAUGCUCACCACCAGCUGCGGCUCGCUGGCCUACUCGGCACCUGAGAUCCUGCUCGGGGAUGAGUACGAUGCCCCGGCUGUCGACAUCUGGAGCCUGGGGGUCAUCCUCUACAUGCUGGUGUGUGGCCAUCCCCCCUUCCAGGAGGCCAACGACAGCGAGACCCUCACCAUGAUCAUGGACUGCCGCUACACCGUCCCCCCGCACGUCUCAGCACAGUGCGCUGAUCUCAUCUCCAGGAUGCUGCAGCGGGACCCGAAGCAGCGAGCCUCCCUGGAGCAGAUCGAGGGCCACGCGUGGCUGCAAGGGGUGGACCCGUCCCCCGCCAGCCGCUGCCUGCUGCCCCUCACCUCCCACAAGCGCGUGUCCGAGGAGGAGCACGAAAUCAUCCUCCAGGCCAUGACGUGCGGGAACAUCGCGGAUCGGGACACCAUCCAGGAGGCGCUGGAGGCCGACCGCUACAACCACAUCACGGCCACGUAUUUCCUGCUGGCGGAGAGGAUGCUGCGGGAGAAGCAGGAGAAGCAGGGCCACCGCCUCAGCCUCGUCUACAACCUGGCCAAGGAGGUGCAGAGCAGGACCAACUUAUCGGACACGUUUGGCCCCAUGGGCAGUGCCGGUGGCCUCUUGCCCUUCACAGAGGUGCCAGGCAGCCUUGCCAUGGGGUCCCGGCUGCCCCCCCUGCCCACCGGAGGGGACAUUGGCAGCCGGCAGCCCCCCAGGACCCUGCUGAAGGUCCCCGCCGUUGACACCACCAUCACCAAGAGCACCCCGGCCCUGCAGCAGAUCUGCGAGGAGGAAGAGGAGGAGGAGGAGGAGGAGGAGGGGAGGCCCAGCACCAUGGAGAGGAAGAGCAGCUCACUGAACCAGGAGCAGAUGCGAGCCUUCCUGCGUGCCUGCCGCCCGCCCGGCCGUGGGGAGGUGUGGGGGCCGGGGGCCGAGCUGGGGGGACGGGGUGGGCGCCCGGGUGCGGCCUGGGCUGGGAAGGGGGUGAGCGGGGCCCGGGGUCCCCCGGCAAUGCAGGGGGACAGAGCCGAGCCCCCCAGGAGGGAGGAGGACACAGAGCCUGGGGGCUCCUCGGCAGAUCCCGCGGCCAAGUCCCCAGGGCCGGUGGCACCCACCAGCCCGGCCCGGCGGUCAGUGGAGAGCUCGGGCCCGGGGGGCACCGAGGGGGGCGCGGAGAGCGUGAUCAAGCUGGACCCGGGCAAGAGCAAGAGGGGCAGCCUGCGGGACAGGCUCCUGCAGUUCCCGCUCUGCGAAAAAGCCCUGGCCUUCAAAAUCCGGCCGGGCUCCAAGGAGAGCCUCCUCUCCCUGGGGCAGUUCAACUGCUGCCACGUCAUUUAAGCCCCCGGGGCGAGGGUCCGGCCCCGCUGCGGGGUCCGGGAGGGUGCCCGCUCCCCUGCCCGUGACCCGCAGAGCAGUGGCCGUGGGGCUGGCAGGGGGCACGGUGCCCCUGCUUUGUCACCCACAGUGGCUACCCCACUAGCACCCACCCCGGGCACCCGCUGUGACAGACCCCCCGGCACGGGACUGCCCAGGGGGGGUGAGGCGGGCUGGGGUCUGUCCCCACACCGGCCAGUGUCCCCCCAACCCCCCGGGGCGGCAGCUCCGUGGCCCCGCCAGCGUUGGACGGACCACGCCACAUUUUUUUAACUACUAGAAAUAAUUUUUUUAAAUAGUCUAUUUUAAUGUAAUUAAAUAGAGAUUGCUAUAUCUCCCCCCCGCCCAACCCCUCCCCGGGACGGCGGCUCCCCCCCAGCGUGCAUGGCCCCAGGGCCAGGCUGUCCUGCCCGCGGCGGCCGUGGGGCAAUCGCUUGUCUGCCUGCAGCCCCCCCCCUCGCCGUCCGUCCCCCCCGGCCGGGGCCAG